AUGUUCCAACGUGACUUCAGAAGACAUGGUGCUCUGCCAUUGUCUGCCUAUCUGAAGGUCUACAAGGUUGGUGACAUUGUCGAUAUCAAGGCCAAUGGUGCUAUCCAAAAGGGUAUGCCUCACAAGGUCUACCAAGGUAAGACCGGUGUCAUCUUCAACGUUACCAAGUCCGCUGUUGGUGUGAUGAUCAACAAGGUCGUUGGUGGUAGAUGCAUUCAAAAGAGAGUUAAUGUCAGAAUUGAACACAUCAAACACUCCAAGUGCAGACAAGAAUUUUUGCAAAGAGUUAAGGACAACGCUGCUAAGCGUGCUGCCGCUAAGGCUUCUGGUACCGCUGUCCAAUUGAAGAGACAACCAGCUGGCCCAAGACCAGCUCACGUCAUCUCUACUGAGGGUAACGUUCCACAAACUUUGGCUCCAGUUCCAUACGAAACUUACAUUUAA